CUUAUUAAAUGUUAAUGUUGACACAGUAAAGGAGAGAGGACCAGGAAGGGUUUGGCUUUAUAGGGAAGAAAGCAGAAGGCUUCUCAUCUCAUGUGUGACAUUGAAGGAAAGAGAGAGAAGAUAACCAAAAACCCCACGUUUGACUUCCUCUCUCUCUUUCUUUCUUUCUUUCUAUCUUCUUUGUUUUUUGUUCAUAUGUUUUUCUUUAUAUCAAUGUCCUUACAUGUUUGAUAUUCACAUGAAACAUUAACCCCUCUCAUUCUCGCUCUUUUCUUUCUUGGAUGCAUUUCCAAAUAAUCCCAAGGCUUGGCUAGUAUCUUGAAGGCUUGGAACACUAUUGAAGAAACUACUGUCUUGUUGUAAAGUGGUUGCUACCGAGGAUUGAAACACAAAGCUGCUGGAUGGUCUAUUUGUUUGAAGACAGUUAGCAAAACUAAGAUUCCUAUAGGAAAGUGAAUUAUGACUUGGAUGAAUCUCCCAAAUCGAUACUUAAUUGUCAUUUUAACCUUUGUUAGCACUUGCGUUUGUUACAUAGAACGCGUCGGCUUCUCUAUAGCAUACACAGUUGCAGCAGAUGCUGCUGGGAUUAACCAGUCAAGCAAAGGCACGAUACUUUCCACAUUCUACUAUGGUUAUGCUUGUUCUCAAGUGCCUGGAGGAUGGGCUGCUCAAAAGAUUGGGGGAAGGAAGGUUCUUCUUCUCUCGUUUGUAUUAUGGUCAUUGACUUGUUUCUUGGUUCCGCUAGAUCCUAAUAGAGUCACAAUCUUAGUCGUUGCUCGGUUGCUUGUUGGUGUAGCACAAGGUUUCAUCUUCCCUUCAAUCCACACAGUCUUAGCACAGUGGGUCCCGCCACAUGAGAGAUCGAGAUCUGUUUCACUUACAACUUCUGGGAUGUACCUAGGUGCAGCUAUGGGGAUGCUUUUCCUUCCAAGCCUGGUGAAGUUAAAAGGUCCCGAAUCUGUAUUUCUUGCAGAAGCAGCAUUAGGUGUCCUGUGGUCUGUGCUUUGGUUUAAAUAUGCAACUGAUCCCCCUCGAUCCGAGCAUCCGAAAGCCGCCGCUGCUGGAUUUGGAGAGUCUUUGUUACCUACCGAUGCAAGUCCAAGGACAAAAAUGGAGAAUGGAGGAAGUACUGUCAAAGCAACCAAAAUUCCAUGGAAGAAGAUUUUAAUUAGCAGGCCAGUUUGGGCAAUUGUGGUAAACAAUUUCACAUUCCACUAUGCUCUUUACGUAUUGAUGAACUGGCUGCCUACAUACUUCGAGCAGGGCCUCCAGCUGAGUCUUCAGGAAAUGGGUUCUUCUAAGAUGAUGCCCUACUUAAACAUGUUCUUAUUCUCAAAUGUAGGUGGGAUUGUCGCUGACCACUUGAUCACCAAAAGAGUAAUGUCAGUGACUAAAACUAGGAAGUUCUUGAACACUGUAGGAUUUAUAGUUGCUUCGAUCGCACUGUUAGCACUUCCGAUCUUCAGAACAUCUGGUGGAGCUAUUUUAUGUUCUUCAGUAGCACUCGGGUUCUUGGCACUUGGGAGAGCUGGUUUUGCAGUGAACCAUAUGGAUAUUGCACCUAGAUAUGCAGGAAUUGUAAUGGGUGUCUCAAACACAGCGGGUACUCUAGCUGGGAUUAUCGGGGUUGAUAUGACCGGCCGGCUUCUUGAAGCGGCUAAAAUCGAAUAUUCAGGUCUAUCCAGUCCUGAAAGCUGGAGAGCAGUGUUUUUCAUUCCUGGAUGGCUGUGCAUAUUCAGUUCUUUCAUAUUCUUGGUGUUCUCAACAGGGGAAAGGAUUUUUGACUGAAACCAAGUCAAUGUAAAACUUGUACUUUUUUUAACUGGUGAGGUUCAAGGGUUUCAACUGCAAAUAUAUCAUUGUGAUAUUAAUGAAUGUAAACCCCUGAUGGGAAGGGUAUACUGAAAUUCAGAAGACUAUAUAGAAGGUUCAAAGAAAUUAACACAGAACAGUGGCUAUUAGGAAUCAUUCUUUUAUUGUUGUAUGUGUUAUUUUGGUUUAUACAGUGAGUUUGAUUUUUUGCAAAUGGAAUGAUUAUACAUAUUGAGAUUGAUUUGCAAUGUGGCAGUUGUUUUGUAACCCCGAAAUUCUUCUUGGUAUCAUGUAAACCAAACAAGUUUUCCCCCAUGAAAUUCAAUAUUUUCUUUUUCACUUUAAA